CUCUUGUAGGAUAUCUACUCAGAAAGACAGAUAUGUUGUGUAUGCAUAUUUGUUCAUUUUAAAUACUUUUCUUUGCCUCCUUGAAGGACUUUGUGAGGGAUCUCACCUGGAUCAGUGAAGCUGGGGGACCUGCCACCUGGAGAGCUUGCAGGUGCUUUAGCUUGAUGGCCCUUUUUUUCAGCAGAUUUAUUUCAGCUUGGGUGCAGUUUUUCUUUUAAAGCCAAUUUCUCUUGUAAAAAAAAAAAGUGGUUAAUAUAAGGAUGGUGAUGUUGGGAGUGGGGGGCAUCAAUGCAAUAUUCUUCCCUGUGGUGCACAGAGUUACUACAAAAAUACAGGUAACUGUUACAACAUUUGUUUUGUUUUUUUGUUUUUUUAGGUUUCUAUAAGAAAUGCUUCUUUAAGUUCAAGGAGCCAGAGUGCAAGUAAGUCUUGUCCUUCCUUGUGAUUCAAGUGCUAGGCUCCUUUCCCGGGCAAAGCCCCUGAACCUGAUUUGGAUUCAGCCAUGCAGAGCCUGGAUAGGGCCGCUGAGAAAAUGCAUUGUCGAGGUUUCUUCAAUCCCGCCCCGCAACAUGCAUAACGAUGCUCGGCCAGUGAGAGCGGAGCGCUGUGGUAGAGGUUGUUUAUGUGGAGUGCUGGGUUAGGGUUCCGCCCACCGAGGUAUCUCUGAUCGCAGGGCAGACAGGCAGAGAGUGUAAAAUGGCGCACAGCUGUCGGUGGCGGUUCCCCGCUCGGCCCGGAGGGAGCAGCAACUCCGGUACCGGGAGGAGAGCGGGCCGAAUCAGGGUUACUGCCUCUCUGCGUAAUGUCUCGGGAGCCCACCCCAACGCAGCUGGGCUCGGACCCGGGUUUGAUGCUGCACUACAGGUCUCUUCGGUUAUCGGGAGCAACCUGCAGAAAUUUCGGGAUGUUUUGGGGGAAUCGAGUGACUCGAGCAGCGGGGAGGAAGAAGCAUUUGGAGGAUUUGGAACGGUUGCUGAGCAGAAAAGAAUACAGAGCCCUUCAACAACGUCUUCAGCAGGCCUGCCCAUACCAGAGAAGAAACCCAGAGGCCGUCCCCCACGGGCCCUGACUGCCCAGAAAGCUGCUGCAGGUCUACCUUCCCCAUCCUCCCUUCCCACCCCCACACAAGCAAAACCUGAGGGCCCUGAAAGGCCAGCUGAAAAGGUGAAAAGGCUGCCUGGGAGGCCGCCUGGCACAGGGGAAAGGAGAAGAGGUCGACCCCCGUCUUCAAGUAGCAAGAAAGCUUGGAGUACAGGCAGCCAUGCAGCAGGGGAGGACAGUAGGCAGGCUGGAUCUGAGCUGGGCAUGGAUACAGAGGAGGACAAGGACAGAAAGGGCACCAAGAGGACGCCACUGGGCUCUGCUCAGCCACAUGACACUGAGGCAAAGCUUCCCAAAGGUGGGCGAGGUGAAUCCAAAGUUACCAACCUGAAGAGGCUGAGAGCAACUAAACUCGCCCCUUUUAAGUCACGGCUCAAGACUUUGCCGGGUGUACCCCGACGCAGACGUGGUCGUCCGCCCUCAGCUGAGCGUCUCAAAGCUGAGGCAGCAGCUGCUGCUGCUGCUGCUGCUGCUGCUGCUGCUGCUGCACAGCUGUCUACCUCCAUUGAAUGUGGGGAAGGGAAACCUAAGGUCUUUAGGGCGCGAGGGGCAGAUAGAGGCACAGAACCACACACUCCUCAGCAGGCCAUGCUGAGGAAUGCGGAUGGCGUCGAGGACCAGGACUCUUCCAAUCCACCUGCCUCCCCAUCUCCCUCCAAGCCAGGCAAAACAGUGGGCCUCAGGAAAAGCCCUCGCCAUAGAAAGCCUGUCCGAAUAGUCCCCUCUUCUAAACGCACUGAUGCAACCAUCGCUAAACAGCUGCUGCAGCGCGCUAAGAAAGGAGCGCAGAAGCGGCUGGAGAAAGAAGCUGUAGCCAUUGGAGGUAGUGGAGCAGGUACCAUUGAAGCUGGCAUCAGGAAGACCCCGCUGAAGAACAUCAGGCAGUUCAUCAUGCCUGUGGUCAGCACUGUGUCCCUUCGCAUCAUCAAAACCCCAAAGCGCUUCAUUGAAGAUGAGGGCAGCUUUGGAACCCCGCCACCACAUAUGAAGAUGGCACGGUUAGAAACGACCCCCACGUCUGUCUCCACAUCUGCCCAACCCACGUCCACCACCUCUUCUUCCCCAUCUCCUGUACUGGUCUCCACAACACCUGCUGUUACCAGCACAGGCACCACUGCUCCAAUUGACACCCUCCCGCCUCCUCCUCCUCCUGCCCCUACCCCCAGCGUCCAGUCAACAGCUGCCAGCCUGCUCAACAAUAACACCAACAACGCCACCAACGGGCGAUUUAGCAGUAGCGCGGCAUCUUGCGGCUCAAGUGCUAUGUCGCAGAAUUCCUCCCACCUCUCCUCUGCAGAGUCUUCCAGAUCCAGCAGCCCAAGCUUGGAUGACUCAUCAUGUGACUCCCAGGUUUCUGAGGCCACACAGGCUUUGUCGGAGCCAGAGGAUCACUCUCCAUCCUCGCAAGGAGAGAGGGAGGCCAAUCUUUUACACAGCUCACGGCCUCCCUCUCCUCCCUCCGAGCCAGAGCCAGAGCACGUGUUAGCAGAGAGGAGUCGACGAGGCCGGAGAGGGCAGGGGGUUGCCCGGGGAAGUCAGAGCCAGAGGGUGAGAGAGACUCUAACCACUGGGGCUAAAAAGCCUAUCAUCAGCCCACCAACAGGAGUGCUUUUAUCGUCUUCUACACUUGUAAAUUCCCAGCAAGCUUCAUCCACAGCCUCGUCCUCUUCUUCACCUCCACCUCCCCCUCUCCUCACCCCUCCACAACCUCCCCAGUCAGCUUCCUCCAAUACGGCUGCUAUCAGUGAACACCACUCACAGUCACCGUGGAUGUCUCACCCAUUCCUGUCUGGACCGUCAGUGCUGUCCAGCCUGUCAGACAAACGGAGCCGCUCAAUUCUGAGAGAGCCCACCUUCCGCUGGACGUCCCUGUCCCACCCUGAGCAUCAGUACUUUUCCUCAGCUAAAUACGCCAAGGAGGGCCUCAUCCGCAAGCCCAUAUUUGACAACUUCCGUCCACCGCCUCUCACAGCUCAAGAUGUGGGACUGUUGCCCCAAGGUGUUAGUGGAGGAGGGGGAGCUGCUCCAGUUCCGUUCCCUGCACCGGGCAGCGCAGCAGGAACAGGGACUCGUCUUUUUGCCCCCCUUCACACACACACCCACCACCAACAUCCCUCUUCAUCCCGUUUUGAUGCACCACUCCAAAAGCGCAGCCCGUUGCUUCGCGCUCCACGCUUUACACCCAGCGAGGCCCACUCUCGGAUAUUUGAGUCUGUCACCCUGCAGUCAUCUUCUGGAAGCAGCCCCGGCUCUCUUUCCCCACACCAGACAUCCUCUAGCUCAAGCAGAACUUCACGACGCAGGAGGCGACCAGCAACACCACGUGGGAAACCGCAUCCACGAUCUCCUUCCCACUCAAUGACCAGACGCAGCAGCCAAAUAGGAGGCCAGAUGUCUGGGGGGAAAGGCUCCUCUGACAUGUCUGUGUUGACAGGCUCUGUCUCCAGCAGUAACCCCAGUUCUUUGCCAGGGGUUUCUGCAAGUUCACUAGCCACUAGUGCCUUAACUCCUGCUUCUUUCAGCACCUUCUCCAACAUAUCCCUGAGUAUGGCCACACAAGGGACACCUGAUAGCAGGAGAGGUGCUGUUGGAAACCCACCUCCUUUGUCAAAUACAUCAUCCUCUUCUUCCCCGCUUUUCCCUCUCUUUCCUUCCAGUGCCCCGGACACAGGACGAGGAGCUGGGAAAGGAGGCAAAGAAAAAAGCUUGUCAGCGCCCCAGGAACCUGCUCCAAAGGAUAAAGAAAGGGAUUCUGAGAAAAAUCGAGAGAAAGAGAAGGAGAAGGAGAACAAGAGAGAAGGGAGAAAGGAUUUGGAGAAAAGAAGUAACGUUUCUACACCAGAUGGCUCCCCGGAUGAACCUUCCAGUCUGUUUACUGUGGAUGGGAGGGACCAAGAAGAUCCUCUUUUAUCUCUUGCUCCAAAAAAGGUUCCAGUGAGAAAAAAAUCAACGUCAGUUGACGUGGUUUCUGACACUGCUUCUUCAGAGGUGCGUGGGCUUCAUUCCACUGUUCCCAUGUCCAUCGCCAAAGGGCGUCUAUCUAAGAAAGGCAGACCCUCCGAAAAAGGAGCAGAGGUCGAGGAUGGGGAAAAGGAGAAAGAGAAACAAAGUGCUCCUAACCAGCAGACAGCAAGCCUUCCAGGGCAGCCGGGCAGACAACAGCUCCCCGUCUCCUCUCUUGGAACAGUGUUGGCACAUGCAGAGAACCAGCCUGUGACCGACAAGCGGGUUGUUGGACUACUGAAGAAGGCCAAAGACCAGCUCUUCGAGAUCAAGAAGAGCAAGCUGAAGCCUGCAGACCAGACCAAGGUCCAGGGUCAAGAGAGUGACUCGUCAGAGACCUCAGUCCGUGGUCCACGCAUCAAGCAUGUAUGUCGUCGUGCAGCUGUGGCUCUUGGCCGUAAUCGGGCAGUGUUCCCUGACGACAUGCCCACACUUAGUGCCUUGCCCUGGGAGGAAAGAGAGAAGAUCUUGUCUUCCAUGGGGAAUGAUGACAAGUCAUCGGUAGCAGGCUCAGAAGAGGCAGAGCCUCAGUCCCCUCCCAUAAAGCCACGGGAGACACGGCAAAAGGCUGUUCAAGAAGCUCCUCCCAAGAAGGGGCGUCGCUCGCGACGGUGUGGCCAGUGCUCAGGCUGCCAAGUACCAGAAGAUUGCGGCAUCUGUACCAACUGUCUCGACAAGCCUAAAUUUGGAGGACGAAACAUUAAAAAGCAAUGCUGCAAGAUGAGGAAGUGUCAGAACUUGCAGUGGAUGCCCUCAAAGAUGUUUCUUCAGAAGCAAGGCAAAGGCAAGAAAGACAAGAAGAACAAGAAGCUGUCUGAGAAGAAGGAGGGUCUCAAUCCGGUAAAAGGGCCGAUCUUAGACUCUGUUCCCAAACCGACUCCUGCACCACCGAAGGAGGAGCCACCUCGCAAAAAGAGUGAAACUCCUCCGCUCAAGCUGGUAGAGGAGAAGUCAAGACAGCAGCCAUCAUCAAAGCAACCAUCUCCAGCCCUCGCAUCUUCCCCUACCCAGGUCGAACCCCUUCAGGCCGCCGGCGCGGUCACAGCCCAGAGUCAGUCUCCAGUUCUGACAGCAGACACCAAACAGGUCUCCGUGACAAGCAGUGUCCCCAGUAAGAAGGGACAGAAACCACAGCAGUCUGUACCAACAUCUUCCUCCACCUCCUCGUCAUCCUCUUCUUCCACUUCGUCAUCUUCUUCAUCCUCGUCAUCUUCCUCCCCGUCAUCUUCGGCCCAGAAUUCCCCCGCUCAGUCUACGCAAUCUCACCAACCGUCACAACAGCAGCAACGGCCUCUUCCUAGUCAGGCACCUUCAAAAAAAGAUGCGUCACCCAAGACUUCUCUGAGCGAGCCCAAGAAGAAGCCCCAGCAGCACUCAUUGCAACCGCAGAUCUCAACAACAGUUUCAGAUACAGUUGAAUCAAAACAGCUGAAGAAACCAACUUCUCGCUCUGUUCCUCCAUCUCCAAAACAGAGACCAAAAGACAAGCCGCUGACUGCUAAACCACCCAGCAGCAGUACUUUAAACUGGCUAAGCACUCCCUCGACUAGGGGCCAGACGAAGUCCAGAGCUCCCUGCGACGGAGUGCAUCGUAUCAGAGUGGAUUUCAAGAGGGACCAUGAUGUUGAGAAGGUGUGGGAGGCUGGCGGCCUCAGCCUGCUCACCUCUGUGCCUGUCACACCCAGGGUGCUCUGCUUCUUAUGUGCAAGCAGUGGAAAUGUUGAGUUUGUCUUCUGCCAGGUGUGCUGUGAACCGUUCCAUCUCUUUUGCCUGGGGGAAUCAGAGCGCCCUCUCCAGGAGCAGUUUGAAAACUGGUGUUGUCGACGAUGCAGAUUCUGCCAGGCCUGCGGACGCCAGCAUCAGAAAACUAAACAGCAGCUGCUAGAGUGCGAUAAGUGCCGUAACAGCUAUCACCCGGAGUGCCUGGGUCCCAACCACCCUACCAGACCCACUAAGAAGAAGAGAGUCUGGGUUUGCACCAAGUGUGUGCGCUGUAAGAGUUGUGGAGCCACUAAACCCGGGAAGUCCUGGGACGCUCAGUGGUCCCAUGACUUCUCCAUGUGUCAUGACUGUGCCAAACUCUUUGCUAAAGGAAACUUCUGCCCGCUUUGUGAUAAGUGCUACGAUGAUGAUGACUACGACAGCAAGAUGAUGGAGUGUGGCCGUUGCAACCACUGGGUUCAUGCCAAGUGUGAGAACCUGACAGAUGAAAUGUACGAGCUGCUGUCAAAGCUGCCAGAGAGCGUUGCCUACACGUGUACCAAGUGUACCGAGCGCCAUCCGGCCGAGUGGAGGACAGCGCUGGAGAGGGAGCUUCAGGGCUGCGUUCGACACGUCCUCACUGCGCUGCUCAACUCACGCACAUCCUCACACCUAUUACGCUACAGACAGGCGGUGAAGCCUCCGGAGCUGAAUCCAGAGACAGAAGAGAGUCUUCCAUCGCGUCGUUCCCCAGAGGGCCCAGAUCCUCCAGUCCUGACAGAAGUCACCCCCACACCUCCAAGUGACUCCCCUCCAGACCUGGAGUCUGUUGAGAAAAAGAUGGAUCAAGGCCGCUAUAAUUCAGUGCUGGAGUUCAGUGAUGACAUUGUGCGAAUCAUUCAGACGGCCAUCAACAGUGACGGUGGCCAGCCUGAGAGCAGGAAAGCCAACAGCAUGGUCAAGUCUUUCUUCAUUCGGCAAAUGGACCGAAUCUUCCCGUGGUUCAAAGUGAAGGAGUCCAGGUUUUGGGAAAGGCAAAACGUCUCUGCCAACAGUGGGCUUCUUCCGAAUGCUGUGCUGCCUCCAUCCCUGGACCACAACUACGCCCAGUGGCAGGAAAGACAGGAGCUUUCUCGCGCUGAGCACCCCCACCUCAUGAAAAAGAUCAUCCCAGCUCCCCGGCCUAAAACCCCUGGUGAACCAGAUUCUCCAACAUCCCCACCUCCUCUCCCUCCAUCUCUACCCCCUCCACCCCCACUCCUACCUGACCGUGAAGAUAGCCCAGAGCUUCCUCCUCCGCCAGGCGUUAGUGACAACAGGCAAUGUGUUCUGUGUCUGAAGUAUGGAGAUGAGAACACUAAUGAGGGAGGCAGGCUGUUGUACAUCGGUCAGAAUGAUUGGACCCAUGUGAACUGUGCCCUGUGGUCUGCCGAGGUGUUUGAGGACGAUGACGGCUCUCUGAAAAAUGUUCACAUGGCUGUUCUCAGGGGAAAACAGCUGCGCUGUGAGAAGUGUCAGAAGCCAGGGGCCACAGUCGGCUGCUGCCUAACCUCCUGCACCAGUAACUACCACUUCAUGUGCGCCCGCCAGUGCCACUGCGUCUUCCUGGAGGACAAGAAAGUCUAUUGUCCAAAGCACAGGGACCUCAUUAAGGGAGAAGUAGUGUCUGGAUUUGAGGUGACCCGCAGGAUCCUGGUGGAUCUGGAGGGCAUAAGUCUCAGGAGGAAGUGGCUGGCAGGACUGGAGCCUGAAAAUGUCCACAUGAUGAUCGGCUCCAUGACCAUUGAUUGUUUGGGGAUACUGACAGAACUCUCAGACUGCAAACGCAAACUCUUCCCUGUAGGAUACCAGUGUUCAAGGGUGUACUGGAGUACCUUAGAUGCUCGAAAGCGCUGUGUGUAUACCUGUAAGAUCCUGGUUUGUCACCCUCCAGUGGCUGAGUCUGACCUAAAAAACAUGAUGGCUCCUGAGGAGAAUCGCACGAUAGCACACAGCCCACCUCCCAUAACAGACUUUCCUGAUCCAUUUGAAUCCCCAAGGCGCUCUGACACACUUUCCCCCGCCAACACCCCCAAGCUCAGGGUUUACACCAGGAACCGACACCCCAGCUACCCCCCUUGUAAGCGCUCACAAGGCCCCAGGCCCAUGCCCUCUCCAGGAGGUACUUCUCAGCCCCAAAGCCAUGAGAUUGUGACAGUAGGAGACUCUUUGGUAAACCCUGGCAUGCGGAAUAUUGACUCACGUCGCCACAGCUCCCCUUCUCUCUCUCCUUCUCCCCACCACCACCAGCUGAACAGACAGAGAGGUGUGACCUCCCCUCCUCAGAUUAUGUCACGACCCAUUACCUCACCCCCUCCCCUCAUCCCCUCCCCCGCCAGAGACCCAGAAAGGUCCAAACACCUCAGCAAAGACUCGGCAAAGAGUCCAGUCCAGAGAGAUGAUGACAGAGUAAGACAAAUCUCCACAGACAGAAACAGACAGCAAUCAUCCAGGGACCAAGCACUGAGGGAUGCAGACAAAGGGAGAGGGUCGAGUCAAGACCAACCUUCUAAGGAUUCGGACAAGAAUAGAUCAUCCAGAGAACACAUGCAAAAAGACUCUGAGAAGGGCGAAAUACCAGCCAAAGACCCAGAAAAGAGGAGAUCGUUGAGUAAAGACUCAGGUCUGAAAGAAUCUGAGAGGGGAAGACCUCUCAGUAGAGAUCCGUUAAGAGAUUCAGAAAAGGGUAGACAAUUGAACAGAGACUCUGAGAAGGGGAGACACACGAGCAGAGAGUCAAGCAAUAGAGAAACGGAAAAGAGUAAAUCAUCCUCUAGAGAUGCCAGCUAUAAGGAUAUGGAAAAGGCUCGAUCACUCAGUAGAGAUGCAGGGAUGAGAGACUCUGAGAAGCAUAAACAAUAUAGCAGGGAAACAGGAAAAGACUCAGGCCAAGGUAAAGACAGACUGUCUAGCAGAGACACUGACAAGAGUAGACCUCCCUCUAGAGAUUCCAGUUAUAGAAGCACAGAGAAAAACAAAGACUCUGGCUCAGGGAAAGAUAGUCACCAUGGCAGUCAGUCCAAACCGGUUGGAGGUGAGAGUAAGAGCCCCAGACUGGCACCUGCAGGCUCAGGCCAGUCCUCCCCUCCUGUGGGCACUGCUGUUCUCACUGGUCAGCAGAGAGGUGGCAGCGUCAAGCAGACAGACAAGCAGGGGAAACACGGAGGAAAAGACCAGGAUGUCCCCGGGAACCUCAGUUUGUUGCCUCGUCACCGGUCCACCCCCACCAACACCACCCAGUCUAAGGCCAGCUCAGGGAAGGAGAGUAGUAGUGGCACUGGAAAUUUAAUGCCAGCUUCACUUCAUAAGGACUCUGUUGUUGGGAAAUCUGGCUCCCCGCAGUCUUCAUAUCAGAAGUCCAAUGCACGGAAAUCAAAUGAUUACUCAUCAGGUCCAGCCACAGCAGCAGCUAUGAAGCCUAUGUGGCCGUCGAGGACACCAGCAGAAGAUGAUGUUGUCAAGCGAGGCUCCAUGCACCUGGCCUCACCAGCUGCAGCCUCAGCUGCCAAAGACAAACACCCCAAAGUUAAGACAGCAGGCAGCAGAGAAGUGUCCAAAGACCGUGAAAGAGAGAAGAGUCUCCAAAACAGCAACAGCAGCAACAAAAUCCCCUUUCUCAACAAUAAUACUAAAGCUACUGGCAGCUCCAACACACAUGCUACGAACCCCAGCUCUCACAACAGCAGCAAUAGCAAAGGUCCAGUGCUUGGAAACAGCACCAAAGCUCACGGGAAGGCUCAGGGGGAGAAGCCUGAAAACCAGGGAGGGGACAGGUCAUCCUCAAAGAGCAGAGAAAAUUACUCUUGUCCUGAGAGGAAGAACAGCUCCAGUCUGGACAACUUACAGCAGCUACAGCAGGGGGGUUUAGCUCCAGAGAAAGGAGUGAAGACCUCUUCCCAGUCUCACACCAAACCAACAACUAAUCAGUUGUCCUCUAGAGAGAAAAAGAGGUCAGUGAAACCCCCAUCUGUACCUCUACUAAAGACUGAUAUCAAGACUGACCCUAACGGGACCAGCACUGUUGGUGGCAUUUCUUCCUCCUGUCCCACGACCACUACCUCCACUGUCUCUCCUGCCGGUCAGGGGACCCGUCGCUCUGCCCGUUCCGCUCUCUUAUCCUCACCCUCUGCCAGCAGCAGUGACAGCUCUGAAUCUGACACCCAGACUCAGACAGAAGAAGACGAUUUGCGUAAGGGGCACUCGCGUGGCGAGCGCCGAGACCACCACGGCCUCCUCGCUCAAGGCACCGAGGAUGAGGGCGAUGGCCCUGAAGAUGAUCACGACAGAGGUAUGGAUGAUAAACACCACGAGGAUGACAGUGACGGAUCAGGCUCAGCCAAACGGCGUUACCCUCGGCGCAGUGCCCGUGCCCGCUCCAACAUGUUCUUUGGCCUCACGCCUUUCUAUGGGGUUCGCUCGUAUGGUGAAGAGGACCUUCCCUUCUACAGCAGCGGGGAUGGAGCCGGGGCCAUGCUUAAGAGGAGGACUGGUGGCCGUAAGAAGUCUGCUGAGGGGCAGGUGGACGGAGCGGAUGAUAUGAGCACCACGUCUUCGUCGGUGGACAGUGAAGAGGAUGACGACAGCGGAAUAAAACAGAGGGGUAAAGACCCUUACUACUACAACUUCACCCGAACGAUAAUCAACCCUGGUGAGGGCCUGCCAUCUAUAGAAGGGAUAGAUCAGUGUUUGGGAAGGGGAUCACAGCUUCAGCGCUUUCUAAAAGAUGAGGAGCAGCAGCAACAGAGGGCUCAAGGAAAAGCUGAAGAGGACAUGCUAAGCGCUUUGUCUUUAGGCAAGCAGCGUAUUGGUCAGCUUGAUGGCGUUGAUGAUGGCUCAGAAAGUGAUACCAGCAUCUGCACCACCAGCACCACAACCACUACAGCCACCUCCUCUUCCACCCCACACAAGAGCACUCCUAAGAGAAGGGGCAGAGAAAGGCACAGCGAGAAACCCGACUCCCAUGACUCGAGCAAGGAGGCUGACAACAGCGGUGGAGCAGUGAGCGGCAACACGCGCGAAGGCCGAAAGAACCAGAAAGAAAACUGCCUUCCUUUAGGAGGCGGGGUCAAGUCCCAGCCGCAGAGUCAGGGUCAGGAUCCGCUCGAGGCCCAACUGUCCCUCAGCACAGACCUGCUCAAAUCAGACUCCGACAACAACAACAGUGAUGAUUGUGGUAACAUUUUGCCAUCGGACAUCAUGGAGUUUGUCCUCAACACACCUUCCAUGUCAAUGCAGGCCCUGGGUCAGCAGUCUGAGUCGUCCUCCUCAGAGCUGCUUCUGGAUGAGGGCUAUGUGGAUGUCAACCGGCGCAAAGAUAUUCUGUUUGAUGACUUUUCCCAGCAGAUGCCCAGUGCAGAGAGUGGAGGUGUAGUGGAGAGUAGUGUGAAUAGCUCCAUAUCCGUAGAGGAGCCAUAUCUUCCGCUGGAGUUGCCUUCCGACCUUUCUGUUCUGACCACACGGAGCCCUACUGUCAGCACCAGCCAGAACCACACUGCUGGGAGUCUCAUCUCCGAUACCUCAGACCGCUCCAUGCUGGGCUUGACCACUGACACAGAAACAAUAAGUGGAGAAAAGAGUGGGGACAAGAAAAGAGCAGGGCCGGGUGUGUCUCCAUCGGAGAAUCAGCACGAUGCUACAGCUUUGGGAAAUAGGGACACUCAGGUCACAGAAGGUCACAUGACUCCAGAGCAGUUUAUUCCCAGCCCUGCCAUCGGCCAGGUGGUUGAACCUCCAGGUAACCAGGAUGUUCCCAGGAGUUCUGGUACUCCCGGUUUGCCGAGUUCUCCAUCCCUGCCUCAGAAGUACCUCCCAGCAUCAGCCGCAGCUGCAGGCAGCCCUAGUCCAGUUCCUGGCCCAGGACCAUCCCAGGCUCAGGUUUCCAGCCCAGCAGUCAUCAAACCAGGCCCUGACAAGCUCAUCGUGGUCAGUCCGCAGUUCCAUCCUCUCUACGUUCUUCAGCCUGUCCCUAAUGGUGUCACCCAAAAGAUUAGUGCCACAGGAGUGAUGGACACUAGCUCUCAACCAGUGCUGAGCUCUAUGACACUUACCCCAGGGUUAAAUACUGGUUUAUCCACAGCCCAGUCAAUAUUUCCUGCUGGGGGAAAAGUCCUGGGCACCAUGUCUCACCCUUCCCAGAUUCACACUUUUACAGGAGCCACACAGACAGGCUUCCAGACGGGAAUCCCCAGCACCACCUCAGGGAUUCUCAUUGGGUUGCAUGACCAGCCACAGAUUCUGGUCUCAGAGGCCGGUCGACAUCACGAGUUAGGUCACAGUGUUGCCAUAGUCUCCAGUCCUUCCUCGCUCACUUCUUCCCCGACUGUUCUCGCUUCUGCUCACGGCAAAAAGAGGCCGAUCUCUCGUCUGCCAAGAAAAAGCAAAAAGUUGGCCCGCUCCCGUAGCCAGCCUACUCUGGCCCCGUCUGAAGUGGGCCCUCCCAACAUGACCCUCAUCAACCUGUCUUCACCUCAGAUUACUGCUAGUAUCCCCGGCCAACCUGGGGGCCUGGUUGAGUUAAGCACCCUCUCCACGUCUCAGCGCAAGGUCCCAAAUAUUAUCAAGAGACCAAAACCAGGAGGGGUUAUGUACUUGGAUCCAACCACUAUCCUUCAGCAGAGAAUUCCUGGUCCUGCCCAACCUGGUAUGUUAGGUCACGAUUCCUCAACUCACCUCCUACCUUGCACCGUCUCUGGUCUCAGCUCGAGCCAGUCAGUGUUGAAUGUUGUGUCUGUGCCCUCUAGAGGAGCUACUGGCCUUCUUGCACCAGGGUCAGUCUCCCUCUCCACUCCUGUCCUCAGCUCUACUGAGAUCACAGGGCCAAUAAGCAACCUCCUGUUUAAAGCAGGUCCACAUGGCUUGGGCCUAUCAGAUCAGCCAAUGGUCCUUCAAGCACCAGGAGGACCUCCUCUGAUGUCACAGCUCAGCUCCUCUGUGCAGACGUCUAUAGCUAGCAGCAUCUGCGUCCUGCCCUCCCAACAGACUAUCAGCAUGACUGUCAACCAGCAAGGAGAGACAGAAGGUGGUAAUGUCCACUUACAGCAUCAGUCUCAGUCUGUUAACAGAGCCCAGACUGUGGACUCCUGUCCAAACACCACUGUUACUUUAGCCGCUGGCCCAGCCAACCCUCUAAGUCCUGCCAAGGGACGUGUUGGAGUGUUCACUCAAGCCUCUGCACACUCUCAGAGCAGUAGAACAACUCCCAUUUCCAGAUCAUUAGAACAGAGGCCGCCUAACUCCACCACAGCAGUCGCACUUUUAGGAGCAGAGAAAGGCAAACAGAAAACAAAGAGGAGCAGACAGAGUACAGACUUAACCAGCGUGAAGAAGCUCAAGGCCUCUCAGGCGGAGGAACAUCAAAUCAACCCUGCAGGAAGACACAGUUCCAGAGAGCUGAGCUCCCCUGAACCCAUGGACACAGGCAAGCCCACAGACAAGGGAACCAACAAGAGUGUGCUCGGGAAGAAGAAGGCAUCUGAAGGUCCUGUUUUACCGGGUAAAGUUGUGGGAAAAGACAAACAGUCUGCAGCUGGGGCAGCAGGAUCUCUUGCUGUGACUUCACCACCUGACCAGGAUGGCAACAGCAGGGAUACAGGCUUGGAUAGCAAACCCAAGAAGGGCAUCAUCUUUGAAAUCUGCAGUGAGGACGGCUUCCACAUCCGCUGUGAGAGUAUCGAAGAGGCUUGGAAAUCGCUGACCGAUAAGGUGCAGGAAGCUCGCUCCAACGCACGACUCAAAGAGCUCUCUUUUGAAGGUGUGAAUGGAUUGAGGAUGCUGGGAGUCGUCCACGAGGCUGUGGUCUUCCUGCUGGAGCAGCUUUACGGCUCCAGGCACUGCCGGAGCUACCGUUUCCGCUUCCACAAACCAGAGGAAACCGAUGAACCCCCCAUCAACCCCCACGGAUCGGCUCGUGCAGAGAUCAACCACAGGAGGUCUGUAUUUGACAUGUUCAACUUCUUGGCUUCAAAACACCGCCAGCCUCCCGAGUACAGGCCGCAAGAAGACGAUGAUGACGAAGGGCAGUUCAGGACUGCCAGGCGUGCCUCCAUGGAGCUACCGCUGGCUGUGAGAUUCAAACAGCUCAAGGCCACCUCCAAGGAGACUGUUGGAGUCUACAGGUCUCCCAUUCAUGGCCGAGGUCUGUUCUGCAAGAAAACCAUUGAUGCCGCGGAGAUGGUCAUUGAAUACUCUGGAAAUGUCAUUCGGUCUGUGCUCACCGACAAACGGGAGAAAUAUUAUGAUGGAAAGGGGGUUGGCUGCUACAUGUUUCGCAUCGAUGACUACGAGGUGGUAGACGCCACCGUGCAUGGCAACGCUGCCCGCUUUAUCAACCACUCCUGCGAGCCAAACUGCUACUCUCGGGUCAUCACCGUGGACAGCCAGAAGCACAUCGUCAUCUUUGCCUCUCGGCGUAUCUACUGUGGAGAGGAGCUCACCUACGAUUACAAGUUCCCUAUUGAGGAUGCCAGCAACAAGCUGCCCUGCAACUGCGGCGCCAAGAAGUGUCGCAAGUUCCUCAACUGAUAUCUAAACAUUUUAAAGAGGACUGCAAGUCUGUUGAGCAGCGGUGCCACAAUGUCCUGAAGACGCCUCCCCCUGCCAGGGGUUUGUCGUGGCUUUAAGCUUAUUUUCUGGGUCUGGUCCACGUAGGAUCACAGCUGCCAACAGGGCACGAGCUCUGUCAGGGUUUCUGCUGCUGGUGUUGGCAGAACACGGCAGCAAGACAGCGGUCGUGGGUCGUACUGUAUAUACAAGAAGGCCAUUUUGGAGGAGGGGCCAUUUGUAGAAAUUCCAACAUAUUGUGCCUCCUUUUGUCUCAUUUACAUUUGGCACGGGAAGUUUCACCUUCAGAGGUGAGUUAAGAAACGGUUAGCGCCUUCACAAACAUUGCAAUAUUAACUUUCAUUUACAUUUGGAUGAUAAAGUUACCCCCUUCAUAAGUUUUUUUACAUUGGCCCAUCCUCCUUAAUUUUCUUAAUAUGUUAUGGUCCACUAAUGCUGAGAUGUGAACAUAGAAGAGAAAAAAAAAAAAUCAAAGAACUUGGUUCCAUUUUACACCAAAGUGCAAUUUGUUGAAGGGACUUGAAAGAGUAAUUUCAGUAAGAAAGAAAAAUUCUGAACCACGUUUGAAUUUCUUUCUUCUUCUUUUUUAUCUCAGUGUCAGCUGUUAUUGAUGCAUAUCUCCCUGUCUGAAUGUGCCCUGAUGCCUUCAGAGUCGUCGUGAUUUUAGUGGAACCUUCCCCUAAUCAGGCUUUUUUUUAAAAAUAAAAAAUAAAUAAAUAAAAAAGAAGCUUGUAACCCUGUAAAUAAGAGCUGCUGUGUUACAGCAGCCUGAUACGAGCUGUCCAGGUGGAAACACUAGGGGGAGCAGUGGCCACAGAGAGAGAGAGAGAGAGAAAAGAGACAAGGGGGGUAGAAAUGUAAAUUUGUUAUAAAAAACAAAACUGGCCAUUCGUGUAAAAGGAUGAUAUCUGGGGAUGUUGCCAUCCGUUGUACUUAAAUUGACUUUUAGUCUUGACAGCUUGGUAGCUGUGCAGACGUGUUAUCGAUGGGAUUAAGCCUCUGGCCUGAGAGAGUGAGGCAGCUAGAGAUUCUGGUGGACUGACAGCCGAGGGACUGGAGAAACCCUACUGAUGUGCUUUAGUAGACAUAUUUAUAAUUGAUUUUUUUUUUUUUUUUUUUUUUUUGAGGGGAAGCUGUGAUCCAGCAAAAACAGCCAUGGAUCUCACAGAAACAUACAGAUGUAUCGCAAGUUUGUGCAUGCUGUUGUUGUUCUAAAAAAAACUUUUGGUAAUAAUUAUAUAUAAGCUCAGACUUUUGAAUCACGUUCCAAAUUACAGCAGCAGAGAGAAACCAAACCUCACGCCCUUGAAUUGACUUUUCACACAGCUUGUUUUCUUCUUGGCCUGUUGUUAUAACCAUUACUAUGAAAAAAUGUUUUUUUUGUUUUUGUUUUUUUUGUAUUAAGUCUUUUAAAGCCUUGUCUGUUAUCUGUCUUUUUAUUAUGGACAGGGAAAUAUCAUGCUUGCUUUUAAAAAACAAAUGUAAAUAAUGUAUAUUUUUCUACAAAAAAAGACUUAAAAAGCACUCACUAGUGAAUAGCACUUAAUGAUGGUAUUUAUAUUUUUAAAAAAUCGUAUUUAUUUUAUUGCCAUUUUUGUAGGAAAUAGAGGUUUACAAACACUAAUGCUUGGUCUCUUUUUUGUGUAUUCCGCUGCCUUUUCAAAGUUGUUUUGUUGUAAUUUUUGUCUUUUUUUUUUGUAGCCUGAAUGUUUUCUUUGAUUCCAAAGACUGACACUGGUCUGUGGCUUGGUCCCCUUGUUUUUUUUUUUAGUUCAGUCCACCAGUAGCUCUUUUAUCUAUCCUGGGCCAUUUGGUCAGAGCUGACAGGUUUUUUUUUCGUUGUUCCAGUUUAAGCUGGCAGUAUGGCAGUCAUGUGAACUAUUAUUAUGCACUUGAGAGAGCUCAGAUUGUUCGAUCCAUAGCAGAUAUCUCCUCUCUCCAGCCUUAUUGUCUCCACACCACAUCACACCGAGAAUCAAAUCCACUCGCAGGUCGUAUCGACAAUUGGCACGCGUAGGUAAAACCCAACAACGGUCCCGUCAGUUUAAACUGUUUAGUCCCCUCUGCGAACUUGGUCUAUAAUAAAGAGGUGCCUUUAUUUUAAUGCUCCAAACAGCAUUCAUCAUGAGUCAACCUGUUUAAACUUCAUCCUGGUGACCGCUCAUCAGCGCUCACCAUCAUUUGGAAAUCCCUUUUUUUUUUCUUGCACUCAGUCUUCUCGUGGUUUGCCUUAGUUGUAAACGAGCAUGCCUCUUCUCUCUUACAAGCCUUCAUGUCCUGGACCGAAUAUUUAAUUAGACUUUUUUUUUUUGUCCCUUUUUGAAUAAUAAUUUAGCGUUGUCCGACGUUCAUGCUGACUUCAUUAUCACCUAAAGGCCGUUAGCAGUUAUUCCCACACUGUUCCUUGUUGUUGUGAACUGAAAAAAAAAAAAAACAUGACCCACAACAUGGUUUGCACUUUAGUUGUGACACAGGCGCUCAAAUGACAGGAAAAACUCUUUUCUCCAGACAGACAAUGCAACUCCAAUGCUGAAACCACAAGCACACAUAGUCACUGGGGAUACUUUUGAGUUUGUACAUCAGGCCCCUGAUACAAAAACUUGAGUUUGCUCGACUUGGAUUGGUCUUGAUGACUCCUGAAAGUGGCGUUUGAGGCUCUAGCAAAGUGCACUUGACUCUUUUUUUCUGCAACAAAGUGAAGGCAGGGACCACACCAGCAGCCUUUUCCUUCCUGAAGGUGCAGCAUGUACACACCAUCGGCUUUGCUUUUCCAUUUAGUGCCCCAAGAUCUUGUCUUGAGGCAACCCCCCUCACUCCCCCUCCCUUAACCCUGACUGACAGGCCGGCCUUGUGGUUGUACUGCUGCACCUACAUUGGGGCUCGCUGGGUUCUGCUGCUAAGGUCAACAAUGAAUGUAUAUUCCUCCUCCACAUCUUCAGACUUGUGACGAUGUGAGCAACAUUUGUUUUCAGUUCUCGUGUCAACAACCCUGGUUAGAUAUGGAAGACGUGUAGAUAUGACCUCAAACUGGCCGACGGUUUCUGCACUGGGAAUAACACUGAAGUGUGAACACGCGGUUGGCAUUUCUGUCUGUAGGACAACUGGUUCUUACUGGAUUAGCUCAACACUUCACGCUAGCGUCGGUGAUAACACAUUUACUGAUGCCAAGGGCUCUGUCUGCGACUCUCACUUCUCCAGAUCCACUUCUAAAUUUUCAGGGUCAGAGGGUUCAGUGAACAAUAACUCCUUUUAUCCCACUGUUUAACAGCAUAUAUACACAAGAAGGAAAUGUUCUCUGUUGUUUCUUUGGACUUCAUUUUACCACGCCACACCAGUGGCCCUUCUCCGUCAUUAUCUGUAAUUAUAGUAUAAAUACAUAACAAUAUACGGAAACAUGCAUAGUAAUUUCUUGUACUUUAGUAUCUAUACAAUAUAUGGAAUGGACAGACAAACUUAGUUACAGUAGCAAAACAGCAGAUUUAUAAUGGUUAAUAGCAAUGUUUCAAUGUACUCUAUAAUGGUUUUGUGUUACAGUACUAUCAGAUGAAACUAAUGUGCAUCAUUCUUUUGUAUAUUGAUAUCCAGUACCAAUUUUGCUGUGCCUGUGAGUGUUCCUUCGUCAGCAUGGAGCACUGCAGUUUUUCUUUUUCUGGUUUUCUUUCUGGAAAGGAACGGUUUUUAUGUGAUGAGAAAUGUAACUGUAUUAAUGUGGUUGUGAACUUCUUGAGGUCAGCCAUUUUUUGUUUUUUUUGUUUAGUUUCUUUUCCCCCCUGGUUGUUGUAGUGAAUGUUUUAUUUUCCGUUUUUUUUUUCUUUGUACAGGGACUUUUUUUAGACAGCUUACUUGAUGUGGUAUAAAUUAAGAAUUUGGUUUGUGGAGACAGACCAGGAGUUUUAAAGAUCCCACCAAAAUGGCAUUUUAUUUUAUUUUUUUUUUUGUUUGUUUUUUCUUUUAUUGCUUUCGUUUUGGAAACCUCAUUUCUCCAUGACCACCUCUCGCUCUCCUCCGAAGCUUUGGUUGUACUUAUCAUGUACUGUUUGUAUAGAAAGUCAUAAUGCUGAGAUAAUGCUGAUGUUGAAAACAUUUAAUUUAUUUAUUUUGUGCAACAUCCACCCUGAAUUGUUCUUUGACAAGUCAAGGUUUGGGAGAGGUCGGACGAGUACGUAACAUGUAUUUGUAAUUUUUCUAAUUGUUUCUUGUGUAUAGAAGUUAUCAGCCUAUGAUGGGAUGUGGUGUCACAGAGGGAGUGGACGGUGGGACGUGCAUAAAAGAGGGAUCAUGGAUCAUGAACAGGCUCGUUUCUUAUGCCUUGAAUAUACCUUUGUCUUAUCAAUAUUCCUCCCGCUCUCUGUAAUAACGGUAUCCACAAGUUCAACAGUCACAUUUUCUCCCGUUUUAACAGUGUUCUUUCAAUACACAUCAAUGAAAAUGAAGGAAAACCACCACAGUGAAAAUGAACCACAAACUACUUGGUUGAAUGUAUAAUUAGGAAACAAAGUUGUACAUAAGUGUAAAAAGAAAAGUUUCUAAUCAUGUUUAUUUUCUAUGCACUUUUUUAUUUAAGUGAUAGUUUAAAUAAUAAACAUGUCUCCUUUACUCUUUCUUGUCUCUUGCCUUGUUCACUGAUUGAUCGAGCAGCUGCUUAACAUAUAAAAAAUACACUUAUUUUAAAGGAACAUACUCCGGUUGUCAUCUCUCUCUUCUCUCUUUCAUUCAAACACAGGAACCAUGGAGCUCUAAGACAUGGAGCUAUGGAGAGACGGUUCCCCCACCCAGAGUCUCAACUCCCGGGUUCUAUCCAACCUUGCCGAUACCGGUCAACCUCCAUCCACCAACGACCAUGUUCUCUCCUCCCUCCGAUCUUCAUCCCUUCAUCUCUCAUCCCUUCCUACCAUUCAUACCUUCGACCCUAAUACCUUCGACCUUCGCUGCUUCAUACCAUCAACCCUCGUGGCUUUAUACCUUUGACCCUCACCGCUUCAUACCUCCAAUCUUCCAUCCCUUCCUGCCUUCGUACCUCUGACCCUUCAUCCCUUCAUACCUUCAUACUUUCAACCCUCAGCGCUUCAGUCCUCUGACCCUUCAUCCCUCAUCUCCUUUUUCUUUCCUACAAGUCAUCAUCUCGGCGCAUCCUUUCCAUCACUCGCAAUAAACCUGUCUAAACUUCAA